CCGUCGGUUGUGCCGAUGCUAACCUGUCCCACCGCGACACAGCGCGAUCAGCUCCUACCACGCCAGCCUCGAGGUCGCCCACGCCGUCCCCGUCCGACAACCAUGUCGAAGUGUCGCGCUCCCGCCGCUUGCGGUCGAGGAGCCCGUCCCGCGCCAGCAAUGAUUCCGUGAAUGGCCCCGGGCGCCGCAUCGAUGACCUGCCCAGGCGUGCUUCGGUCUUGCACGCCCCGAGUUCCAUGGCAAGCCGCAGCAAGCCCAUUAUUGACCAAGCAAGCGCGCCGUCACCAGCGCCGACGCCGGCGCCGAAGGAUUCCUCCGACAGUCUCGAGACCACGGGGUCCCCCCCGUCCCCACCGGACGACAAUCAUGGCAACAUGAAGUUCCUGCGCCCACUGAUAACCGAUGUGUCACUGUACACAAACUCGAACCUCGGCCCGGAAAAUGAUGAGGGGACAAGCCUGGAGGAGCUGGCGCACCUUGUGCGCCUCUCCAAGUACCAGGAGCGCAAGCGCGCAAACACCAGAAUCCGCCUCCAGAGGAGUCUGAUUUCCACUGCUCUAUCUGCCCGACUGAUGAGGUGUGGAGAAAUGGCCCACCGCAACCUGGUUGAUUGCUUUCGCGGGGACGACAAGAAGACCUUUGCAGCCCUGUACAACGCUGUCAUCGAUGUUCGGAGGAGCUGCGACGAGACCCGCCGUUACGCAUUGCUGGAGCCAGAGAUGGAACUCUUGCAGCCACCAGGGCUGGCCUCGUCCGAGAACUUGGACACCCCCACCGGAUCCGUCACCGGGUCGGCCGCCUCGCCAAACGCUGGCACCCCUUUUUUGAACGACCUUUCUGCUUCCGCCCGCGAGGCGUUCUUGCAUUUUCUGACCCAGAUUAGGACAAACCCGGACUAUUUGGCCACACGCAUCGGGUCACUCAAAAACGCGGAACUCGCGGCGCUCACGAGCUUCCACCAGAUGCUCGAGCCAAUCGAAUCCGUUCUUCCAUACCACAGUCGCUCUCCUAAUCGCGCUCCCUCGGGCAGUUCCACUUUUUCUCCGUCUGGUGCGGCGGCUGGCUCGGUGUUCGGCAGCGGGUCCAACGGAGCCGCCGGCGGAGGCAGGGAACGUAGCGCCAUUGAGCGCCUCCUCUCUUUCCAACGCCACGAUCCCAUCUCGGCCCUGAUCUUUACCUGCUUCGCUAAUUCCGCAGGGCCCGAUAGUGCGGAGGACAAGCGUCGGACCGUGACGUGGGCCAACGCCUGCGCCCGCCUGAUCUCCUCGUCGACGACGGGUAAUGAGCAGACUGUCACUGCGGUGCUCAAUGUCUGGGUCUCCAUGCGUGACUGGGCCGGAAGGUCCAACAUGGAAUGGUACCUCAUGAAGAUCCUCGAGGACGGCGCCUUUCUGCUUGACCGCGCCGAGGACCAGCAUGGGACCCGCUUCAACCUCUCGGACUGGACGCCCAAGGACCAAAUCGCCGCCGAGGAGUUUUACACCCGGGCCGUCGACGAACUCUUUGAGGUCAUCGAUGACGAGGACGCUACGGGCAUCCCUGAAGGCCUGCUUGAGCUUGGGAAUGAGAUCCUGAAACGCCUGGAUCGGAAAUACGUGGAGAGCACCCGUCGUUGGUUGAUCGCAAAGUACAUGUUUACGGUCUGGCUUCUCGGCGUAGUCAUCCACCCCGAGGCCUACGGCAUGAUGGCCGAGCAUCACAUCACCGAAUAUGGCCGUCAGAAAAUCCUGAAGACGGUUGCCAUGCAAGCCCAGAAAUACGUUGUUGAUCUGCUGCAGAGCAAGACUCCGGUAUCGACCCCGCCCAAGGUGAAGUCCCAUAUCGAGAGUAUCUACAACCGUUUCAAGGACUCGUCUAGGUUCCAGAAGAAACCUCGGCUCCUGCCCGCACGGUCCAUUACCUCCCUCAGGGAGACGGUUGAGGUCCACCCCUAUUUGGUGAUCAGCCCGGCGGACCUAGCCACCCUUGUCAAUGCGCUCUUUCCCGAACGGAGACCGCAGUCGGCCCAUUCGAGCGGCCUACGGUCCGGCGCACCCUCGAUUUCUGGCUUUUCUGCCGUCUCCCAGCCCAUGUCUAUCAGGACUGCGCCCAGCACGUUUGAUACUAUGUCGGUCCUCAGUACGAGUGCCGAGUCGUCCUUCAGCGACGCCACCACAUCCAGGGAGCCGCUUCUGGAGGAAGGUAGUCCGCGUCGCUAUUCCCCGUCCGCUCAGGAACCCCCCAAGCCCAACAAUUACGAAGAAGACGGGUAUCGGCUGCGUCUGGCUAUGCACGAAAUGACACAGACCCUGGGGCAGGAUGUCGUGUACGGCUUGUGCCAUCCGUGCGCCGAGCGGUGGGCCGUGUUGUUUAUCUCGGCAGAUGGAAGUAAACUGUCCACGCACAUGACGUUCGACCUGGACGACCAGAUCGAUGAGGGGGACACCUCGUCCAAUACCAGUGAUACCGAAGGCGAGGAGACCGAUGAUGACGGUCGUCCGGAGCUCGACAAGGAUUACCAUCAACUGCGUGACUCUAUUCUCAAGCUGGUCCAGGAAUAUGAGAUCCCCCAGAGUCUGGAGAGCGAUGGCACCAAGCAGCAGACCUUCAGCAACCGAGCGUCGACGCUCAAGAAGUACCGCUCCAAGAACCGUAUCAUCACGACGAUGGGGAGUCGAAAUCCGUACCGUCAGCGAGCCGCAAGCAUGGCGAGCAGCGUCGCCGGAAGUCCUCCCAAGAGCGCCAAAGGGAAAGAAGCGGAGCAGGCUGCCGAAAACCAGUCCCCACUCAUCACCAUGCUGACGGCAGCCUGCUCCCAGUCCCGUGCCCAAUCCGAUUUCGUCUCCGCACACUUGUACUGGAGGACGCUGCAACAGCUCAAUGCCCUGUCGUCCGAGAGCCUGCGUCGCGAUGGAUUUGCGGCAUUGCUGAAUAUCUUCUCUCGCGGGCCGCGGGACUCGAUCCGCCGCUCCGCCGCAGCAAUAGAAGAAUACGAUGCCUGGCUUGUCUGGCUUAAGCAAAGCCAAGAGCGGGCCGAAGGGUUGAUCGAAAGCAUGAUGCGCCGCCUGCGAGCCUUGCGAGACAAGAUGUGGUACGUCACCGAUGUUCGCAAUUCUGCGCCGUACGAGGACUCGCGGAACGUUGCCGCCGCGCUCAAGACGAUGGGCGCGCCUCGGCGGUGGUCCUCCUUCCAGCGCAUCAAGAGCCACAUGCAGAGGGGCCCUUCAUCCAACUACAUCUUUCGGACGGAGUCCCAGGUCCUCGACCUGCUGGCGGCGCCGGAAGAGCAAGGCGGCCCGAACAAGCUCCGCGACGAGCAGGCAGAAAAGACGGCCCGCUGGCUGCAGCAAUGCGGCAUUGAGAACUUCUGCCAAGGCGAGGAGCGCAUACACCGCUUCUGCUGCGAGGUGGACAGCUGCGUCAGCAAACUGGUCGGCGACAGCAUCAUCGAUGGACCUGUGCUUUGGUCAAGCGAACUCUUUGCCCGAGACCGCCGGGCUUUCGAAACAAGCAAGAACCCUCCCAGAGACCGGGAUCGUGACAAUCAAUCCGCCUGGGAUGAUUCCUUCAGCGUCAUCAGUGACCCCGACCGCAGGUUUGUGUCUGUUAGCCGGCCGCCUUCCAUCAACAGCAGGGAUAGGGAUCUGCGCGGCCUUUCCGGACACAAUAUGAGCCAACUAUCGGUCGAGUCGAGUCGCUUCAGCUUUUCGCGAGCCAGCACCGCCAUAUCGGAGAUCGUCGACGGGCAAGAGUAUUUCGGCGCAUCGUCUCCAGUCCACCAGAUCGACCCGAAUGCGACCUUCUGGUCACCCUUCCAACACCGGGCUACUUCUCCAACUACCGCAUCCGGAGCGCAUUCGCCAACCACCAGUCUGACCAACCUCUCCAGCUCAUUCUAUCCGCCGAACCACCAGCAGCUCCCAUCCCAGUCUCAGCAAUCCACCGGCCGGCCGGGUACAUCGACCUCUUCAGCCGAGACCGUGUACCAGCAGCGGCUUUCCGAGGAAAAAUCGCGCUUCCUCGCGGACCUACGGCAGACAUUGACCAGCCUUCUCCUCUCGGACCUUGGCAACCUCGUUUUCGCCCGCGGAUCAGAAACGGACGCGUGGUUCGAGGGCCUGGGCCAGGAGUGCAUCGACCGCCGAGAGGCAAUUCAACGCCGAGCGCGUAAAGCGCUCGUGAGAGAGAAGCGGAAGUCUGCCAAAUCCGGGUUGAAGCAGCGAUUUCUCGAGAACAACCGGAGCUUCGGUGACCUGCGCGGGUCAGGUGGGAAUGACGCACUGAGCGACAAGGCUCUGUCGGAAACGCAAAGCCUGGGCGGCGCUGAGGGGACCGGCGGCAGUCACCGGGGGAGCGUCCACGGAGGCAGCGUCCAUGGCAAUGAGAGCUCGGCGACCAGCGAUACGAUCUCGGCGCGGAGACAGAACCAGGAGUCGAGGAAGGAAUCCAUGCCGGACUUCCCGUUCACCAAAGCUUACCAACGGCUGCUGAAGAUGUUCUGCGUGCAUCCGAAUCCCUAUGUCAAACUGAAUGCGCUCUUUGAGCUGGAGCAUCUGAUUAUAGCGUCCCUGAACUCGGGAUCCCGGCGAGCCCGGCUGGCCUGGGCGCGCUCCGAGCUCGGCUCGGCAUCCUCUAACGCUGAGGAGCACGGGGCGGGAGCCGGGGUAGGUCGGUCCCAGCCAAUCGAGGAGACGAUCGACAACGUCAAGGAACGGCGCUCGCAGACGCUGAUGCAGGCACCCACCUUCGGCACGGGCGGCCAUGCCCAGACAGGUCGAGCGUCCGGCGGAGGGGGGAACACGGAGACCCGCUCCGUCGUCUCCGGCUACCCCGCGAAUACAGAUGCCGUCGCGAAUAUCUUGCGAGCCCUCUUCCGCGAUCCGUCCCUCCGCCCGAAGACCCUGUUCCGCGAUCUGCAGUUCAUCUCUGCCUUUGUGCCUCCGGCGAUCCUCGACAAGACCGAACGAGGCAAGGCCUUCUGGGACGCCGGUCUGGCCGCCCUCAACCUCAAACAAGAGGUGUGCCGCACAAUGGUCGAAGUAGCCGACGAAAUCGUCAAGAAGUAUACCCAGGAGCGCAAUGCCGCCGCGGCCCGACCCGGAACGGCCACAACGGCGAGUAGCACCGUUUCAGACUCGGCUGCCGGGGCACCCACCGGCAGCGACAACCAACCCUCUUCUCCCGCCUCCCCUUCUCCGCCAUCCUCCCCUCCCUCGCCCUUACCCUUAUCAACGUACUCCCUCGCCGACGCCGCCCGCAUGUGGACCAUCACCGCGAAAGAAGGCGACCCGACUGCCCAGCGCGAGCUCGCCCUCUGCUACCUCUCCCAGCCGGAGCUGGUCCAGCGCAUCACCCUGCCGCUGUCCAAGCCGCGCGAGGUGUUCAAGCAGGCCGUCAUCGAAAAGUACGGCGGCAGCGGCGGCGGCAGCGGCGGCGGCGGCAGGUCGGGAGGCCUGGGGGCCGGCUCCGGGUCCGGCAGGUAUCACCACCACCAUCACCACCACCACGGCGGCGGCCACCACCACAACCAGCACGCGGGCGCUGCUGCGCAGGGCCGGAUGCAGGGCUCGCAGGCCGGGGGGCCGGGUGGUGCGCUCGGCUCGGGCGCCGGCGGAGCGGGAGGCGGCGCUGGUUCGGGCGGAGCCGGCGCUGGUGCGGGGGCGGGAGGAGGCGUGGGGAAGCAGGAUGGCGCGGUCGAGGAUGUCCGGAGCGACCCCGCGCUGAUGUGCGUCGCCAUCCAUUGGAUGGAGGCGGCUGAGCGCGGGGGCGAUGAGUUGGCCCGGACGUUUAUGGCGCAGAACGAGAUGGGGCAGGGAUGAUGGAUGGAUGGAUGCGAGU